AUGACUAGAAUUCUAGUCAUAUCAACUAAUGCUCGUUUAACUAGGAUCAGUGUGGAACUCAGUGUUCUCCGUGGCACUAUAAAGUCUCCUAGGAAACUGUUGGGUCCUACCUACGGAAAAGACUUGUUUUAUCCUGAUGUGCUCAUCUGGAUCGCAGAUGCAACCAUGCAGCUACUGCUGGCGCUCUUCCUCGCUUCGCUCGCAGUUCGUCCGAUUGCCAAGGCUUCACUUGGACCACCAGUGAUGCCGGACGACCACGACCCUGCCUCCGCCGACGUCGGUUUGAUGGUGGCGUUCCUCUUCAAGUUUUCGCAUCAACACCUUGCGCAACAAGUACAGCUAGGCGGGCUCGUGCUUUGUAUGCCGAGCGGAAACGAAAGCGCCCCCAACGUGGCCGAGCGGACGGCUCUCGGCACCCUGAGGCUGCUGCACAGAGAGGGCCAACUGCCAGUGGUCAUGUUGUGCCCCGGCAACAUCGUGUCGCGCUCCCACUUCUCCCAGAACUACGUCGUCUUCGGACACAGUGGGCCAGACCUGGAGCGUGUCUUGGCACGCAUUCGACCCGUGCACGAGGGGGCGCGGAGCACCGUUGCACGAAUGCUGGUAGUUUUGCUGCCUUCGCAACACGGCCAGCCGAACCAGGACGCCUCAAUGAAGGGGAAACGCGUCAAGGAUGCUGGACUCGCUGUGGCUUCGGUCCUGGAGCGACGCCGUCGUCGCCAAAACUGA